AUGGCGAUGAUGACUGGCCGUGUGCUGCUGGUGUGUGCCCUCUGCGUGCUGUGGUGCGGCGUUUCGGUGGUGAUGGCGUCCAACGUUGGUGGUUUGGCUCCUCACGCAGAAAUCAACGUUUUUUUUGGCCGGUGGUAUUCAUUGAUGAUGGGCGAUUGUGAAAAUACUUCAGCGUUCGAAAACGGCACGGUGAAUGAGUCCGCAGUUGAGGAAUGCAAACGUGAAGCGAAAAAGGCCCUUUGUGACUUUUUUUAUGGCGACCAUUCGGGUGAACAUGACGCAUCUCAUUUGCACUCUAUUUGUUCGCCGGAUGUUGGCUCCGGAGGGGCUGUUGAUCAGCAGGCACAAGAGCAAAUCCUCACGUUGCGU